CCUCUCCAAAGGCACGGGGGCGUUUUCGUGCGGGUUUGCGGUCCGGUCGGUUGCGGCGAAUGCGGGAUCGGGAUCGGGAUCCCGCCGCUGACAAUUGUCCGCCUCCCCCCCCCCGCCCCCCUCACCCCCUCCCAACCAGCCCGGUUCGGGGGCCCGAGCGCCCUGCGCGGAGGAGCCGCCGGUGAAAGAGGGCUAUGUGCCAUCGGCCGCCGGAGGGCUUCUGUCCUCUCUGCAACCUGUUCAACGUUUGAGGCUUAUGGGAUAGGAGUGUGCGCCCCUUCCCGUCCCUGCAGCCCAACUGGAGUCAUUUGUGCCAAAGUUGAGCUGUGCUAAAGGACAAGCGAUGGGCAGCCCGGGCUGCGAGGUGGACGUCGUCAGGCCCUCGGACCCGCCCCUGGAGGUCGCGUGUCCGGAGUGCGGCCAGAUCCACCGCAGCUGGGAGAACCACCUUUAUAAUUACCGUCUGGAGGUGGACGACGACCUGGUGUGCCACAUCUGCCUGCAGCCCCUGGUGCAGCCACUGGACACGCCGUGCGGACACACCUUCUGCGCCCGCUGCCUGCGCAGCUUCCUCCAGGAGAGGGACUUCUGCCCCCUGGACAGGACCAGGCUGCAGCUGCAGGCGUGCCGCAGAUCCAGCAUCCUGGUGCACAAGCUGCUAGACAAGCUGUCUGUGACCUGCCCUUUGAGUCCCGUCUGCUCCCUCAGCAUGCCACGGUGUGACCUGGAGGCGCACCUGAAACACAGGUGUCCCGGGACUCUGUGUCAGCAGACGACCGUGGACGGGCCACCAUGUGAGAGCGGCGACGAGCGAGCUAUGGUGACCACCCCCCCAAUAUCGCCCCACUCCCCACAGACGGACCUGAGAGACCGCACGCCCUCGCCGCCACCUGGACCCGCUAACGCCUGCGGCAAUGGACCUGCGUGGACCGACGCCGCCGGCCUUGACAACCCUGCGUUUGAAGAAAGCACAGAGGAGGACAGUGUGCUGGGGUUGGAGUGCGUGGUCCCCAGGGUGAAGCGGCCCCUCAGCAACCCCUGCAUCCAUCUCCUCCGCUCUGUCAGCUCCACCUCCUCUGGCUGGGACUGCCCCGAGUCUCCGCCUCUGUCUGCAGAGGAAGGCUGUGUGAAGUUGCCCUCCCUUCCUGAAGGAGAGAUAACCACCAUAGAGGUCCACAGGGCCAACCCGUACGUUGAGCUAGGAAUCAGCAUUGUCGGUGGAAACGAAACCCCUCUCAUCAACAUAGUGAUUCAGGAAGUGUACAGAGACGGGGUCAUCGCGCGGGACGGGAGGCUGCUGGCUGGAGAUCAGAUACUGCAGGUGAACAACGUGGACAUCAGCAAUGUCCCGCACAGUUUCGCCCGCUCCACCCUGGCGCGGCCCUGCACCACCCUGCAGCUGACUGUGCUGAGGGAGCGCCGCUGUGCCUCCAGGGCUCCUCCCUCCUCUUCCUCCUCCUCCUCCACCACCCCAGCCGUGCCCCACGCCCCCUGCUCCACGCCCGAGGGUGCCCCCUCCAGCCCCGCCACCCUGAGGAUCACCCUCCACAAGCGAGACUCCGCGGAGCAGCUCGGCAUCAAGCUGGUCCGCCGGACGGACGAGGCGGGGGUGUUUGUGCUGGACCUCCUGGAGGGAGGCCUGGCGGCGAAGGACGGCAGACUGCGGAGCAACGACAGAGUGCUGGCUGUCAACGACCAGGACCUUUGCCACGGCACCCCGGAGCAGGCCGCUCAGAUCAUACAGGCAAGCGGAGAGCGAGUCCACCUCCUGAUCGGACGACCCAACAAACCAACCCCGCCCCCGCCGCCUAAAUCAAGCUCAACCAGAGACCUGUACUGCCUUGACCACUUCCUGCCAAAUCACAGCUCUACCCCAAGCCCCGUGCCGCUGCACCUGUCCCGUACCAGCACUCACCGAGACCUGGCACAGUGUGUGACUUGUAAGGAAAAACACAUCACCGUGAAGAAGGAGCCCCACGAGUCCCUGGGCAUGACGGUGGCGGGAGGCCGGGGCAGCAAGAGCGGGGAGCUGCCCAUCUUCGUCACGAGCGUUCAGCCGCACGGCUGCUUGUCCCGGGAUGGACGGAUCAAAAGAGGCGACGUCCUGCUGAGCAUCAACGGUGAGGACCUGACAUAUCUGAGCCACAGCGAGGCCGUCGGGACCCUGAAGGCCAGCGCCGCUUCGCCCUCGGUGCAGCUGAGAGUGCUGGAGGUCAGCAUGGUGGAGGAGCACGACCACGACGAGCUGCUGCCUCACGCCCACGACAGCGACUUCGACGCCAACUGGUCCCCCUCGUGGGUCAUGUGGCUGGGCCUGCCCAGCUACCUACACAGCAGCCAUGAGAUCGUGUUGCGGAGGAGCCACCCCGGUAGCUGGGGCUUCAGCAUCGUUGGUGGGUACGAGGAAAGCCACGGCAACCAGGCAUUUUUCAUCAAGACCAUCGUCCUCGGGACGCCCGCAUACUACGAUGGCCGCCUUAAGUGUGGAGACAUGAUAGUGGCGGUGAACGGCCUGUCCACGGCGGGAAUGAGCCACUCCGCUCUGGUGCCCAUGUUAAAGGAGCAGCGCAGCCGGGUGGCGCUGACGGUGGUCUCCUGGCCCGGCAGCCUGGUUUAACCAGGACAAAAACGCCCAGCAAGCCUUCACCCAGACCGCUCUGAGUCGGGAAACAACCUCGGCCAAACCGAGCCGGUGCAUCCUACCGUACAUCGCUCCAUACCGGGUUUGAUCCAGGACCAAACGCACCCAGGACUGUUGUAGACCCAGCAGGACCAACCAGAGGGGGGGAUUAUCCAGAUCGUGCCACGUCACUCGACAGACUGCACUCCUGAACUGACACUGCUGCGUUUUCAUAUGGUCAUGUUGCCGUGCUCCAACCGUUUGACAUGCAGUCUGUGCCGUGUCCACCUCACUGAGCAGUGCUAGAACCUCGGGGUUUUAUUCAGGCGCACGCGUCGUUGGAGGUCGCAAUUAAUAAUAAAAAAAUAAAAACCCUAAUCUGAUCCUCUGUCACCCAAGAUAAAAUAAAAUGCAAAUCACCUUGGAGGUUUUUGUCCGCCACGCCAGCGACGUUUCCGCCUGAAUGAGCCCAAGGCCUUAUUAGAAACCUGCCACAUCCUGAGGGAGGUCAGCCUUCAGGUGUCAUCACCAUACAACCAGCUGACCUUUUAUACAUGUGUGAAUGUGUGUUUUGUUUAAUAAACAUUUCCUUUUCAGGAU